CCUACAUGCGCCACCAAGACCAAUCGAGCACGCAGCCUGCAAGCCAGGUUAUCAUUUUAAACUAACUCAGUAGGUGAUGCUCAACGACAGACUCCGAAGUUGUUUGCGUCGUCUAACUAUACCCGGUAUUCGUGUACCGUUUGUUUUGAUACAAAACCGGUGAAAUGAACGGCAGUGGUCAAGAAUCUGAAGCAGAAGCACUGGGAACCAGAAGGAAGGAAACCAAGAAUCAGGAUGUUAUCAGGAAAUUGAAGAAAAAGCUUCUGCCUGGAGUAAAAUACACCCUGUUGUUAUCGAUGGUUGUGUAUUUGGCCAUGUUCAUCAUUGGGGUACUAGGUGUCAAGAGAUGCCCUAAAGAUGAGAAUAUACCGCUGUUUCUAUGCAUGACAGGUUUCGUAGGUGUGGCAUCGAAAAUUGUCACUUAUCUACGAGACAGGAUCAUUCCCUACUUCAAGAUCAAGUACAUGGAGUCGGCCCUUUAUACCACAGAAUUCGUUUUCUUCGUCCUAGGCACCUACUGGGUGUUCAGAGCCUACAAGCCAAGUUUUAACCCUGCUGAUGGUUCCAAAUACUGUCAGAAGACAGCCUUCAUGUUCGCCUUCAUUUAUUUGGCUGCUUAUUACGGAAUUUUGGUUCUUAUUAUCUUAUUGUUGUUAUGUACCUGCUGUUGCAUGUGUAUGGGAUUAGGAAUACUCAAUAAACUCGUGGACGAUGAAGUCGAUACCUUGGAGGCACAAGGUUCGGUAGAAACAGAAGCUAAAUAGGCAGGAGAUGAUCAAAGAUGAAGAAGAAUAUUUUUCGUUGAUUUUUCCAUGUUUGGAGAUCACCAUUUAUUGAUACGAAGACUAUAUUGUUUCAUUAUUAUUAUUUUUACAGAUUUGUUUAACACUUUCGUUUUCUUUUUGUAUGUAACCCUCAUUUUGUACUUUCCUGAAAAGGUAUCGAAAUUGUGAACUCUGUACUUGUGUAAGAUAUUCAUUUUAUAAAUGAGAACGUUUCGGAAUA